AACACGUCCACUACAAGAGCUUUUCGAUGGAAGAUCACGCGGAGGAACGCAAACGCGUCCACAAAGAGAUUCUCGUCCGUCAGCGACGGUUCGCCAAAAUGCAAGAGAAUCGAUACGUGAACCCCACGUCUUCGUCUGAGUCCGAGGACGAGCUCUACGACGAGUUGAGCGACAUAUCCGACUCGGAGUUAGAGGCGGACAGCUGUUAUUUCCUGCAACCCGUGCCCAUCAGACAGCGCAGGGCUCUCCUCAGAGCGUCCGGCGUUCGUAAGAUCGAGACCAACGAGAAGGAGGAGUGCCGUGACAUCCGGGCGUCUCGCGAGUACUGCGGCUGCGAGUGUCGCGUAUACUGUGAUCCCGAGACGUGCGCCUGUAGUUUAGCCGGUAUUAAGUGUCAAGUGGACAGGAUCAGUUUCCCGUGCGGUUGUACUCGCGAUGGCUGUGCGAACAUAACCGGAAGAAUAGAGUUUAAUCCGUUGAGAGUGAGGACACACUUCAUCCAC